AUGUCCGGGUAUGGAUCGGUGGGUCAGGAGUGGGGUCAGUCGGGAGGGAGGAGAGGGGGCGAGGGAGGGGCAGGGAAGGCAGCCCUGCUCCCCCCCCCGGUGCUUCUCCGCGAUGUCUUUCUCCUCGCCUGCCUGCCUGCCUGCAUUCCUGCUUGCCUGCCUUCUCUAUUUGCCCGAUCGCAGGCUAUUUUUCUCGCCUUCAGAGUACGGUCGACUCCACAGGUAUUGAAUAAGAAGUUUGGUAGCCUCAGUGCUCUAUUUGGAAGGAGCUCGAUAACUGCGAAUGGUAGGCUGGGACCAGUAGAUCUCGAACAGCUUCAGAGUGGAAGUCACGGUCAGGGUUAUGUAUCUGGCAGCACCGCCAUUAUUGCAGACGCUGCACAUUCUGCAUCAGACAUUGUUCUGAGUGGAGUCGCGUUGUGGACGUCAAAAGCAUCGAAUGCUCCCCCAGAUAAGGGGCAUCCAUACGGCUAUGGAAAGAUUGAGACCAUGGGCGCGCUGAGCAUAUCAACCCUGCUUUUGUUAACCGGUGGUGGGAUUGCAUGGAAUGCAGUUGAUACUUUGCAGGUUAUGUUACCGGAAAUGCUGGCUGUUCAAGACACAGUUCAAACAACAAUAGACACUGUCGCGCAGCCAGGAGUUCACAGCCAUGGCCACGAUCAUGACCACGGAGCUGUGGGACAUAAACAUGGCCUCGACAUGGAACACAUGGGAGUUGCACUAUCUGCUGCAAUUGUUUCUAUUGGAGCUAAAGAAGGCUUAUAUUGGGUAACUAAAGCGGCUGGUAAAAAGGCUGAAAGUGCUUUGCUGACGGCAAGCGCGUGGCAUCACCGCAGUGAUGCUAUAUCUUCUAUUGUUGCUCUUAUUGGUGUUGGUGGAGCAAUGAUCGGUAUACCACUGUUGGAUCCAGUAGCAGCACUGCUCGUAUCUGGAAUGAUUGUCAAAGCAGGCCUGCAAACCGGUUAUCAAAGCAUGCAGGAGCUGCUGGACACGGGUGUACCUGAGUCAGUGCUCUCACCUAUUCGCACAUCUGUUUUACGGGUCGAAGGUGUAGAGGGUGUUCAUCAGCUGAGGGGCCGGCGAAUGGGUUCCAGUGUUCAUGUGGAUGUUCACAUAGAGGUGGAUCCAUUUCUUAGUUUAAGUGCAGCCCAUAAUAUUGGAGAAGCGGUAAGGCAGCAUGUGCGAACGCAUCAUCCAAAUGUUACCGAAAGUUUUGUCCAUAUAGAUCCAGCGGAUGGGCGACCAACAUCGUUAACCCCUGAUGAGAUGAAGAUUGAUAAGCAUUCCUACUGGCAUCACCAUGAUGACCAUUCACAGACAGACCAGCAUACUCAUGAUCACCACGACGAUCCGGACCAUCACAAGAAUGCUGCUGGAGAAGUUAGCGGAGGCCCAAAUCCUGAGCUCUUGGCAGUGGAUGGGACGGACACGGAUGGACAUAGAGUACCUCACAAUAAUUCUACUUUACAGCAAUCGGAAGUAGAACACAUUGUGCGAGACGUAAUUCACGCCAAUUUCCGUGAGGCAGUGGAGGUGGAGGGUGUUACAUGUCAUUUUUUGCACGACAAAGUGGUUGCGGAGGUCGAAAUCUCCUUUAACUCCAACCUCUCUAUCAGAGAUGCAAAGAAGCAUGGAAGUAACAUUGAGACUUGUCUGCUCCGCAAUGUAGGAGACCUGUCAGCGGUACACGUAAAACUAAAUCUGAGCACUAGGUAGGAAUUACAAUUCAUUUCUUCAGGAGCAGAGGUCUCCUGAUAUUGACAAUUCAACACAAAAUGAGCUGUACGCAUCCUUUGAAGCUAUUUCGAACCUGGAAAUGGGCUCCAUAGGGGAUUUCCACCCAACAAGACUUUCCAGCUACUUGUGUUUCAGAACUAUUUUGCCAGAUAAUUUGCGAGGUGGAUGUGCUGGUGAAUGUAAUUGGCUACUGAUAUCUACACGCAAAUGUGUAAUACUUGACACAUGAGUGCCGCGUUCAUUUGGUCGUCAGUGGAAAUAGUUCGGAUCAGAUCAUUUAUAUGUUCAGGUUUAAUAUCUCAGUAAUAUACAGCAUAAUUUUGUACGA